GGUGAACAAUCAUACUAGUCAUGGCGGCCACUAAUAAUCUGUUGCGGUUCCUGACGGCCGAGGCAAAGCUACCUUUGGCCGCUGCCAUCGCACAAGCCACAGGACUUCAGAAGGCCAAUCUAGUCACCAUCGAGGAUCUUGCCAAGACUGAUUUUGAGACUCUCAAAGCAGCCUCCGCCAACGAUAAGGCUGCCAAAGCAACUCUGGCUGCUGCGAAACGUGUAUCCAUCAAACGAAAAAGAGGCCUUCCCGAAGAAUCUACUUCUUCAUCAUCCAAACGGCUAAGGGCUGACCCAACCGAGAUCAAAUCACCUGUCGAUGUCGAGGCAGCCUUGGCUCUCCCUUCCUCUGAUCUCAACGAAGAUGAAUUGGCAGGCAUCAUUCUGACCACAAACCGUGCUCCUUUACUAUUGACGUUUGCUGCUGUCUUGCUGAGAUACACAAUGCCUGAACAACCUCCUUCAAGCUGUCUGAGUCUUGCUCAAGCAGUCACAUCAAUGAAUGCUCAAGCAAAAGCUGCAAGCAUCGGCCUUGACAAAUCUGGAUCUGCGGAGAAAGAAGGUUGGGGUCAAGGUCAGCCGCUUGUCAAAGUCAUGACUAGAGACAUACGCGUUCUAAAGCGGUGGGGCUAUGAGUGGAAGACCGACACCAAGAACUCCGCACAUGUUAUCAAGACAGAGGAUCCGGAUCAAAAGCCACCUGCGGCAGAGUCUGAUCUUCCAGCAAACGUAACGUCAUCUGAGGAUUCACCAGCACUACUGGCCCUCGAUCUGGAACAACUGAAACGUCUCGAUGGCCCUCCCAUCGUCUCAGCAUCAGCAAGCACUACUGGCCUUCCCGUCUAUCAAGCCGACUCUGCACAUAACUAUAUCCUGAAAGCUUUUGAUUUGGUAUUCGAAGAUGAACCUGAAGCCAAAAAGAAGAGGAGACUGGCAUCUGAGAUUGCCGCCGAGCGUGAAGCCAAUUUGGGACAUCUUGUCAAGGUUUUGGAUUUGCUGUUCCAGUCGUGGUCUAUCCUUGAUCCUACUGAGCUGGAUAAAAGGGCCUGGAGCUGGUAUGUGAAAGUGAGGCCGCAAGUUGAAGGAGGUCGUGCUGGUUGGGGCGCGAAAGGUCAGGUCAAGCUCAAGGAAAUUUUGAAUUUGAGGCGGCCGAAGUAACCACGUUCAUGGUAUGAUUGCCAUGCUUCGAACCAACCAUCGCACUCAUGUCUGUUCUGGCCGACUUGUCACCCACCUACAAACGAAAAACUCAAACACUACGUCCAGUGGCGUCUGGACGAAGUGUUUCUCGAACACAACGUUAUCUUGGAAGAAUCGCAUGGCCAGAAAUUCUAUUGUAUUC